AUGCUGAAGCCGGGAGAGCCCAGCAGCGGCUCCGCCUUCCUCAAGGUGGACCCGUCCUACCUGCACCACUGGCACCAGCUCUUCCCGCAGGCCCAGCUGAAGGCGGCCGGGGCGCUGGCUCCCCUCGGCCCGCCCGAGCGGCUCGCCGUCCCGGUGGAGAGUUGUGAUAUGUGUGCAGAUAACAGGAAUGGUGAGUGUCCCAUGCACGGUCCUCUUCAUUCUCUCAGAAGGUUGGUGGGAACCAGCAGCUCAGCCGCACCUGUCGCCCCGCCGGACGUCCCGGAUUGGCUGCGAGACCUGCCCAGAGAGGUGUGUCUUUGUACCAGUACAGUUCCUGGUCUGGGUUAUGGGAUCUGUGCGGCUCAGAGGAUCCCUCAGGGGACCUGGAUCGGCCCUUUCCAGGGAGUCCCGCUCCUGCUGGACAAACUGUCAUCUGUGAGGAACACGCGACACCUCUGGGAGAUCUACGAUGCAGAGGGGACGCUGCAGCAUUUCAUAGAUGGGAAUGAGCCCAGUAAGUCCAGCUGGAUGAGGUACAUCCGCUGUGCCCGACACUGUGGAGAACAGAACAUGAUGGUGGUACAAUACAGGUCGUGUAUCUUCUACAGGGCCUGUAUGGACAUCCCCAGAGGAACAGAGCUGCUGGUUUGGUACAACGACUCCUACACCUCCUUCUUUGGGAUUCCUCUGCAGUGCAUCGCCCAGGACGAGAACUUAAAUGUCCCGACCACAGUGAUAGAGGCCAUGGCGAGACAGGAGUCUCUCCAACCCUUCAGCAAGAAUGGCAAAGCCUCGUCUUCCUCCUCGUCUUCCUCCUGCACCUCCCUGCUGCGCUCCAUGGUCUUCCCCCACUCCCCUUGCCCCCGCAGCUUCUCUCUGCUGGACAAGGCCGGGGUCGGAGGUCAGGCCGAGUCCGGUUUCGGCCAGCUUGGGUCCAAGAACCAGCGGGUCCUGGCGAGCCCGACGUCCACCAGCCAGAUCAGCACCGAGUUCAGCGACUGGCACCUGUGGAAGUGCGGCCAGUGCUUCAAAACCUUCACCCAGAGGAUCCUGCUGCAGAUGCAUGUGUGUACGCAGAACCCUGACAGACCAUAUCAGUGUGGCCACUGUUCCCAGUCCUUCUCCCAGCCCUCGGAGCUGAGGAACCAUGUUGUGACUCACUCCAGCGACCGGCCCUUUAAAUGUGGCUACUGUGGCCGGGCCUUCGCCGGCGCCACCACCCUCAACAACCACAUCCGCACGCACACCGGCGAGAAGCCUUUCAAGUGUGAGCGGUGUGAGCGGAGUUUCACCCAGGCCACCCAACUGAGUCGACAUCAGAGGAUGCCCAACGAGUGCAAACCAGUCAGCGAGAGCAGCGAGUCCAUCGAAGUGGACUAACCCCGACUGGUUUAUCAACAGACUGUCUCACUGAUA